AGAGUGCGGCUGAUAGGUUUAGAGUCCUCACUACUCACCGGGCUUCACUGUACAUACAGUUAGACAGGAGAUAACAGUGCAGUCCCAUGCAAAUGGACAGAACUGAGUGAAGAUUUGUAAAUACUGGCUACCACCAAGAAUUUCUAACAAAUCAAUUAUUCAGGCCAUUCAACAAUGACUGACCCUAUUCGGGAACUGGACGAGCUGUGCUAUCUGACAGCUCAGAGUAUGACGUCUAUGGUGACCUCAGAACACUUUAAGGUGAUCAAAGAACUGGGAGAGGGGUCAUAUGGCAAGGUCAUGCUGGCUGUGCACAGAAAGAGAGGUACUCCUAUGGCUCUGAAGUUUUUCCCUCGUCGUUCCACAACUCUUCAGACGUUCCUGCGUGAAUACAACCUUUCCCUGUCGUUCUGCACUCACCCGUCUCUCACGCGUGCCCUCGGCAUCUUUUUCUCCACAUCAUCCCACUACAUCUUUGCCCAGCAGGCCGGUCUGUACGGAGACCUGUAUGACGUCAUUACAUCAGAGGUGGGGGUUACAGAGGAGCAGACUCAGAGUGUGAUGUCCCAGCUAAGUGGUGCUGUAUCCCACCUGCACUCUCUGGGCUUUGUUCACCGUGACAUCAAACCUGAAAAUGUGUUUCUGUGUGCCCCAAACUGUCGCUGGGUCAAACUGGGUGACUUUGGCCUGGUGAGGCCGAUUGGUACUCAGGUCCGCGCCGUCUGGUACGACUCCCCUUUUUGCGUGCCCGAGGUCGAACAAGCCAAGCACAGGAAUAAAAAGAACGGAGAAGAGCAGGAAAAGGAGAACAUCUGGAUGGCAGUGGAGCCCAGUUUGGAUAGCUGGGCUCUCGGUAUUCUCAUGUAUUGCGUGCUCACCAGUUCCUUCCCCUGGGACGAAAGCACAUCAGAUGAUUCUGGAUUUUGUCAAUUUCGUAACUGGUUCAACAAUGUAAAACAAAAGGAAGAGAGAGAGAUGAGAUGGAAUGAACAGAGGUACUGUGAGAAGACUGACCAGAAGAUCCAGAUCAUAGAGGAGAACAUAGCUAUAGAGGAGGAGGUGACAGUUAUUGUCCCUAGUCAGUUUGAAACUUUAAGCACUUUAGCCCUCACGUUGCUCAGAAAACUGCUGCACCCACUUCCCAAGCAUCGUGCCGCGCCCAAUGAGAUCCUCUCAUACCUAGGGGGAGCCUGGCUUCUGAAAACAGAGAAGGAACAGAAAAGGAGAGAGCAGCAGGCACAACAGGAAGCCAGGAACAUACUGGGUGGAGGAAGAGUGGAGGAGGACACCGAGAGAGAAAGGAAGCGGGAGAGAUAGAAAGGUGGAGGGAGCUAGCAAAAAUGUAGCUACAUAUUUUUUAUGAUAUUAAUAUGAAUUCAUUAAAAAGUUUUUUUAUUUGUAGUCGUAUGGUGUUGGGCCACCAAAAGUUGCUCAAACAAGUUUUAUUGCACUUUGACAGAGAUUCUACAAGUCUCUAAAAGCAUGAUUGCAGAUGCCAGGUACAGCAUAACAGUACCACCAGACCUCAUUGUAUGGGAUUAAGCAUUUAAGCCUGUACCAUUGUCAUUGGUCACUGUUUCUAUAGAUUCACUGGCCACACAUUUUGAAAUAAUGCAAUUUUUACUAUAUGGACAAAAGUAUUAGGACACCCCUUCCACUAGUACUACUAGACAGUGGUAGCCUAGUGGUUAGAGCUGUGGGUCACCAACUAGAAGAUAGAAGGGCAGUUGUAGCCUAGUGGUUAAGGUACUGGAGUAGUAAUCCAAAGGUCGCCGGUUCAAACCCCACCACUGCCAGGUUGCCACUGUUGGACCCCAAAAGCAAGGCCCCUAACCCUCAAUUGCUUAGAUAAUGUACUGUCACAGUACUGUAAGUCACUUUGGAUAAAAAGCAUCUGCUGGCAGCUCAGGUGGCACAACGGUAAAAACACACGCUGGAACCAGAGCUGGGAUCUCGAAUACAUCGUAUCGAAUCUCAGCUCUGCCUUGCCGGCUGAGGCUGAGCGGCCACAUGAACAACGAUUGGCCUGUUGUUCAGAUGGGCGGGACUAAGCCGGAUGGGGUCUCUCUCUCUCAUGACUGGUGCAAUUACGACCUCUGCUGGCUGAUUGAUGGCGCUUGCACAGAGAUGAGAAAAGAGUGCUCUCAGGGUGUGUCUCUCCGUACACAGUGCUGAGCUGCACUGCACUCGUCAAAGUGCAGGUGAUAAGAUGCAUACGGCAUGCUGCCCACGUGUCGGAGGAGACGUGGGUUAGCUUCGUUCUCCUCAAUCAGAGCGGGGAUCGGCAUUGGUGGAGAGGAAGCAUGAUGCAAUCGGGCAAUUGGACGCGCUAAAAAGGAGAAAAAGGGGAGAAAAUGCAUAAAGAAAAUAUUUUUUAAAAAGCGUCUGCUAAAUGCAGAAAAUGUAAAUAAAUUUUUUUUUUUAUUAAUUUAAAUCCCAGCCUUUGUUGGGCCCUUGAGAAGGUCCUUAGCCCUCUUGGCUCCUGGUGCUGUAUGAUAGCUGUCAGUGCACUCUGACACCAGCUUCGAAAAAAGCUGGAUAUACAAAUAAAGAAUUUUAUUGGACUGUACAUGUGUGUAUAUAUAUAUAUAUAUAUAUAUAUAUAUAUAUAUAUAUAUAUAUAUAUAUAUAUUAUUAUUAUUAUUAUUAUCAUUAUUGAAUUCAUGUCUUUAAGCCAUAACAACUGCUAUAAAGAUUAAUAAGAUCUAUCAAGCUCUUUAAUAAAGACAUGAAGAAAGGCUUGGGUUAAGGAAACCCCAGUUUCUGCACAGAGCCAUGACCUCAGCACCACUGAACAGCUCUGGAAUGAGCUGGAACAUCAGAUGCUCUUUUAACUAAAUGGACAGAAAUUCCCACAGACAUACUUCAAAGUCUUGUGGGAAAGCCUUCUCGGAAGAGUGGUUGUUGUUAUAGAUGAAAAGAUCACAUAGAGGUCACUCUAUUUUAAUAACAAUACUUAAAAAUAAGUUCAAAUACUUUUGGCCAUAUAGUGAAUAUUGGAUGGUUGGAUGCAUUUAAUGUGUAACCAGAGUAAUUGAAUAUACAAUAUUGUAUCAAUAUUGUUUUUAUUGUACUGUCAUCAUGACAUUGUAAUUGUUUAAAGUUUCUUUACUGAACAGUGUGCAAUAAUUGUCUGUAAAGCACCAAAUCAUAAAACCAGGUUUUCACCUUGUCAGUAUGUCUGAUGUAUUGAGUGUCAUUAUAUUAAUGUCUGUGAUGUCUGAUGAAAAUGUUCCAAUAAAACUUCUCAUGUAAAUA